AUGAUUAUUGGACACGAAAUUACACAUGGAUUUGAUAAUACAGGUCGUCAAUUUGAUAAAGAUGGAAAUCGAAUACCUUGGUGGACAAAUGAAACAAUUGAAAAAUUCAAUGAACAUAACCAAUGUUUUAUUGAACAAUAUAGUAACUUUAGUAUACCAGAAAUUGAUAUGAAUAGUAAUGGUAAUCAAACACAAGAUGAAGAUAUUGCUGAUAAUGGUGGACUUAAAGCUGCUUUUUAUGCAUAUCAAAAUUGGGCUAAAAAUAAUGUAAAUAUUGACAAAAAAUUACCAGGUUUAACAAAAUAUUCAAAUGAACAAAUGUUUUUCAUCCAUUUUGGUUAUACUUGGUGUACUAGAUUAAGUGUAUCACGUAUAUUCAAUAGGCUUAUAACUGAUGUUCAUUCGCUUGCACAUAUAAGAGUAAUUGGUUCUACAUCAAAUUUUCAUGAGUUUGAUCGAGUAUUUAGUUGUAAACCAGGUCAAAGAAAUAGUCGAGUGAAAAAAUGUGUUGUUUGGUAG